AUGCCCUCGCCAGGCACUACCGCCCUUCUUUACCGCAGUACUCUCACGCCUCCGCGUUGCCACACGGCCGCCGUCUCCCACUUAGGACCUAAUUUCUUCCCUAGCCUUCCACUCGGAAAUAAGCCUGUCGGCCUCAUCACCGGUUUUGCCGUGUUGCUUCCGGUAAUGGGUCCGGAAAUUAUCGGCCCGCGUGAAUUUAUCUGGAUGCUUGCAUUUGGGCUCCGGACACGCAGGACCCUUCGCAGGAGUGUGAUUUUUGGCCGUAUUUUCGUGCCUCCUCAAAUCUGUUUCGCGCCCAAAACCUAUCAAGCAGAUAUCGCACACGUACGGGCUCGGGUUUUGGUGAUCCUCCGUGACGUCCCGGCCCCCAUCGCGGUGGGUGGGUUGGUGGUGGAGAAGAGGCUCGAUAUCGCCCAUGGUUGAGCUGGGAUAUGGUUCGUGGUCCCGGGGAUAUGGUUCAUGGUCUUGGGAAUAUGGUUCAUGGCCUUGGGGAAUUGGUUCAUGGCCGUGAGAAUAUGGUCCAUGGCCUUGGGGAUAUGGUUCAUGGCCCUGGGGACCACCGAAUGACUGCUGUUCUUGUCUGGCGGGAUAUUGUGGGCAACUGGAAGGAAGGGAGAAGAAGUUGUUGAUUUGGCCCAUAGCGUUUCCGGUGGCAUGGGUGGACGAACCGCUUUGGUGGCUAUAAACAUCGGGACUAAGCAUGGGAGUGUUCAAUCUAUUGUGAGAGCCGACACUGGUGAAGUAGGUUGGGGCCGAGUAUUCCUCGGGGCUUACAAAUAAAGCAUCGGUGUUCCAACCUAUGGUGUCCGGUUGGGAGUGGUUGGCACUGUAGCUACUAUUGGAGUCUACUGAGUUGCGGGGGAACUGCGCGAAACCGCUGGGCCAUUCCCCGGUAUCGGUAAUAAGAGCAAGGUUAGGAUGAUGAGAUGCAAGACCAUCAAUACCCCGACGGCUUGAGUCGAGUUUGCGCCGCCGCCCCAAGGAUUGCGCUUGUUCUAACUGAGCCCUGGGAUGUUGCGAGAACGCAUCGACGUUGGUGGAAAAUAUCGGCGGUGACGGAGUCCUCCAUAGUCGGCUGGGGUCCGGCCCAGCGCGGGUAUUCUGGGUGAACGUCGGGUCAUAGUGCCCGACUUGGGAAGCUUCAUAACCCAUCAUAUCGGGAUUGAUGUUGCUAAAAUUUUGAUAUUUGACAAGGUUUGGGGCAGCGGAGAAGAGACAAAACUCGAGACUUUAUAGCUCGAGUUGCCGACUUAGUUACAAAAGAUGAAGUUGUGCUAGAGAGGAAAGGUGGUCCCCCCGUCGAUGAUCUUGGAGGUCUCCUUUAUCUACAGGUUGCCCCACCAUACCUUCCUCACCAUCAUCCAAUCCAGAGUCUAGAGGGGGGGGACAGCGGGUGGAAAAAGGUGGAGAAAAGGGGGGGGGGUUAAAAACAGGCAUCAAAACAGGCAUCAAAACAGGUAGCGCCUUUCUCGCUAAUUACUUGAGGUGUUUCAAAGUUGUUUCUCCCCACCAUCGGACUAUAAGCUCUCGGUGCCUUAUUCCAGCAGACAUGAUACGAAAUAUUUCCACAACAGAAACAAAAACAAAAAAAACACUCCCCGAACCCGAGCCAAGCGACAGCCAAGCACAAUCCUAACCCCAAUUCUUUGGCAAGCUUCAUGGACGAGGGCGAGGACGGAGAGUGUUUCCCGUUCACUGCACUUCAUCGAAUCAACAACUCGAGGAGGGAGAAGUCGCUUAUCAAGAGGUGGUGGCAGCAGAAAGCCGUUAGUCUUGACUUAAAAUCUCUGUCUAGUUUCUGAGAGAGGGGCGCCUGAGGCAUGUAAAAUCACUCACUUCAAUGUUGGCAGGCUAAGGCCCGCUGAUAUUGCCGUUCCCCCCCUCCCCGGAAUUUGUCCACGGGCCGGUAAAGCUUGCAGACGAAGGAAUUGACGAGCGAGUAAGCCUUCGUGUACAAAAUUAGAUAGCUCCACAACUACCGGAUUCCCACCCAAUUAUACACGUACUAGGAAUAAUGAA